AUGGCAAACGAACCACUAGUCAACCACAUUUUCACUGCGGAUCCGUCAGCGCACGUCUUCGAAGGGAAGCUCUAUGUUUAUCCCUCUCAUGAUCGCAAGACAGAUAUCAAGGACAACGACAAUGGCGACCAAUACGAUAUGAACGAUUAUCAUGUGCUUUCUAUGGAAUCUGUUGGCGGACCCGUGACGGAUCAUGGUGUAGCAUUGAAGGCGGAAGAUAUUCCUUGGGUGUCAAAGCAACUUUGGGCCCCGGACGCAGCGUUCAAGAACGGCAAAUACUAUCUAUUUUUCCCAGCUCGGGACAAGGAGGGCAUUUUCCGAAUUGGUGUUGCCGUGGGUUCUAAGCCUGAAGGCCCUUUCCAACCAGAGCCAGAGCCUAUCGCUGGAAGUUACAGCAUUGACCCAGCGAGCUUUGUCGACGAUGAUGACAAAGCUUAUUUGUACUUUGGUGGUAUUUGGGGUGGCCAGCUGCAGUGUUGGCAGACUGGUAAAUUCUCGAGGGAGGCGUAUACAACAAUGGAAGCUCAGUCAGGUCCUGCGUUAUUGCCCCGUGUAGCGCAACUUAGCGACGACAUGCUUUCGUUCACUAGCGACAUCAAAGAACUUCAAAUUGUCGACGAUGACGGAAAACUCAUCAGCUCUGACGACCAUGAAAGACGAUUCUUCGAAGCUGCCUGGAUGCACAAAUACAAGGGCAAAUAUUAUUUCUCAUAUUCCACCGGCGACACUCACUUUCUAGCCUAUGCCAUUGGGGACAAUCCAUUUGGACCAUUCACAUAUGGCGGAAAGAUUUUGGAUCCGGUCCAAGGUUGGACAACACAUCACUCAAUUGUGGAGUUCAAGGACAAAUGGCUUAUUCCAAAGGCAGACCGCAAGAAGAUCCACGAGUACCUCUUCCGCGAGGGUGUUCUCGUCGCAAAGAAGGACUAUGAUGCGCCAAAGCACAACGACAUUGAUACCAAGAACCUCUACGUUGUGAAGGCAUGCCAAUCUCUCACCUCCCGUGGUUACGUGAAGACCCAAUUCUCAUGGCAAUACUACUACUACACCCUCACCCCAGAGGGUCUCGAUUACCUUCGCGAGUGGCUCCACCUUCCCGCUGAGAUUGUCCCAGCCACCCACAUCAAGCAACAGAGAUCCCAUGCUCCUCCUCGUGGUAUGAUGGGAGGCGAGGGCGAGCGUGAGCGCAAGCCAUUUGGUGGACGCGGUGGACGUGGCGGACGUGAAGGUGGUGGUGAUCGUGAGCGCGGUGAUUACAGACGUCGUGAUGCUGGUGGGGAGGGCAAGGAAGGAGCACCAUCUGGAGAGUUCGCUCCUCAAUUCCGUGGAGGUUUCGGACGUGGAGCUGGCCGUGGUGGAGCUCCUCCAGCUUCUUAA